AUGCACGGGCCUUGUGGCCACUUAAACCCUCAAUGCCCUUGCAUGAAACAUAAGGGCCAUACCAACCAUUGUAAAAGUGGGUACCCCAAAAAAUUCUGCCCUGAAACGAAAACCAGUAAAGAUGGUUUUCCAUUAUACAGGAGAAGGGACACCAGUGAUGCAGUUUCUAUCCGCAAGGCACAUCUGGAUAAUAGGUGGGUCAUUCCCUAUAAUCCGUAUCUAUCAUCUCUGUUUGAUUGUCACAUAAAUGUUAAGGUUUUUUCAAGCAUUCAAGCAGUUAAGUACCUCUACAAAUAUGUGUACAAGGGCCAUGAUAGGAUCACGUUCAAUGUCGUGCAACCAGGUGGGCAAAGGGCUGUUGAUGAGAUCGACCAGUUCCAAUCGGGUAGAUGGGUUUCUCCUUGCGAGGCUGCAUGGAGGAUUUUUGGGUUUGAUUUGUAUGAAAUGCAUCCGGCUGUUCUUCCACUUCAAGUCCACCUACCUAACAUGCACACAGUUCAAAUAAGACCCCAUGAACGGCUUGAUGCGCUCGUUGCAGCUGACAGACAAUCUCGGACUUUUCUGACUGAGUUUUUUAGGGCAAACGCCGCUACACCAGAUGGCACAGGGUGCCUGUAUGGCCAGUUCACAGAAAAAUACAGAUGGGAUGGUGCCUCAAAACAGUGGCUGUUGAGGAAAAACAAAACCAUUGUCGUCGGUAGGCUAGCUUUUGUUGCUCCGUCUGAAGGGGAGCGUUAUUUCCUGAGGUUAUUGCUCGUGCACGUCCCUAUCCCUAAGUCAUUCGAAGAUCUCUUAACAGUCGAUGGCUAUAGAUGCGUGACUUUUCAAGAAGCAGCCCUUAAACGCAACUUGCUUGAGGAGGAUGACGCAGUUGAUCUUUGCUUAGCUGAAGCUUGCGCCGUUCAAAUGCCUAUUGCUUUGUGUAGCCUCUUCGCGACGGUUCUGAUUUUUUGCCAACCGAGUAACCUUAAUGCGCUCUGGCUAAAGUUCUAUAGUGCACUGUCAGAGGAUUUCAAGCAUCAAUUCCCAGAUUCGGAGGCUAAGGUCAGGCAACUCACAACCAGGUCAGUUGAGCAGUGUUUGGAAGAAAUGGGUAAAUCACUCAAAACUUUUGGCCUUGAACACUUGAUUGAACCUACAGAUGAUGAGCUUGCAAGAACACGGGACAUCAUUGAUUCCCUCGAUGCACCAAUACCUAACCACUGCAUCCGUUGUCGCGAUAGUCUAAACCUGGCACAACAAGAAGCAUUCACCUGCAUCAUUGAGCAUGUGAAGCAAAAGAAACCUGGCGCGUUCUUUAUAGAUGGCCCAGGUGGCAUAGGUAAAACCUUCUUGUACAAUGCCCUGUACACAGAAAUUCGACUCAUGGGCCUGAUUGUGCUUCCAACUGCUACAUCAGGCAUAGCUGCAGCCAACAUACCUUCUGGAAGAACAACGCAUUCCAGGUUUAAGAUUCCUAUCGAUAUUGAAGCUUCCCUCUCCUGCAAUGUGCCCAAACAGGGUAUCCUUGCUGCAUUAAUAAAGGAGACAACGCUGAUCAUAUGGGAUGAGGCUUCAAUGGCCAGGAAAGAAAACGUUGAGUCCCUGGAUUUACUGCUUAGAGACUUGUGUGAUGGAAACCAGCUCUUUGGAGGAAAGCUGGUUGUUUUUGGGGGAGAUUUUCGGCAAGUACUUCCCGUCCUGCCCCACAAAACACAACGGGAAGCAGUAGGUGUGAGCUUAGUGAGUUCUGCCUUGUGGCCUAAGUUAACAAAGUUCCGUCUCACAGAGAACAUACGUGCCCGAGAAGAUCCACAAUUUUCAGCAUUCUUGCUUGCCCUGGGAAACGGAGAACUGCAGACUGCUGAAAAUAACUAUGUCCAGCUCCCGAGCGAAGUAGUUAAACCUCUAGAGCAUGGCAAGGACCCGAUCAGAGACCUGACCUCGCUUACAUUUCCCGAGCUAGACCUCCACAGCUUUACAUCAGACAUAUUUACAACGAGAGCGAUACUGACUCCGAUGAAUGAUGAUGUUGAUUCCAUCAACACAGAACUUAUUAAGAAAUUCCCAGGGCAGGCUGUUACAUAUAAAAUUUUUGACAUGAUGCUUGAUGAUAAUUGCAAGGUUUAUCCCACGGAAUUCAUCAACACAUUGUGUCCCGGCGGUAUGAGCCCUCAUGAACUCGUCCUAAAGGAGGGUAGCCCAGUUAUUUUGCUCCGGAAUAUAUUGCCAUCGUCCGGCUUGUGCAAUGGUACGCGGCUAAUCUGCAAGGGGUUUUUCCCCAACGUCAUUGAGUGUGUUAUUCUAACUGGCCACCACAAAGGGAAGCAUGUUUUCAUACCGCGUGUGAAACAGAGGCCUUCCCCCUCCUCUAAACAUCCAAUUCUCUUUCAGAGGAAACAAUUUCCCGUGAAACUCAGCUUCGCAAUGACAAUAAAUAAAUCUCAAGGCCAAACAUUAAGUCAGGUAGCUGUUUACCUACCUCGUCCAUGUUUUUCCCAUGGCCAGCUUUAUGUGGCCUUGUCCCGUGCAAGGCAAGCGAGCCAGGUCACUGUCAUUCCACCAAACACUCCACAGCAGAUAAGUGGAACACAUGUUGAAAAUGUCAUAUCUUAUGAGGUCCUGCAGAUGGCUGGAAUUAUCUAA